CCGCCGUGCUGCGCAGCGCCGUGACCCUCCCGCUGGCCGCGCACCAGGGGCGGCUGCUGGCUAAGCUAGCUGGAAAACCUGCAGCCUGAGGUGGAGGACCUUGCCAAGCGCCUUCGCUAUGAAGUGUCAGUGCGUGGAAAGCAGCUGGGGUGGUCUGAAAAGGUGGCCAGAGCUGAGCUUUUGCUUUUCUCUCCGGAAGGUUCCACUUCAGGAAGAACAUGCGGCGGAUCCUCACGGAGCUGUACAUCCGGGACAACUGCCACCCCUUCAAAGCCACCGUGCUGCUGUGGGUGCAGGUCCCCAUGUGGGUGUGCGUGUCCCUGGCUCUGCGCAACUGCAGCGUCGGCGCCCUGGGCCCAGCAGUACAAGAGCAGUUUUCCUCAGGAGGAGCACUGUGGUUUAGAGACCUGACGGCACCUGACUCCACGUGGAUUUUGCCAGUAGCCCUGGGGCUGGUGAAUUUGCUGGUGGUGGAGAUCUUUGCCUCCCAAAGAAAAAUGCCAGUUUCCCGCUUCCAGAACCUUGUUACCAACUUGUUCCGCCUGGUGUCGGUGGUGAUGAUCCCUAUUGCUGCCACAGUGCCCUCCUCCAUGGCGCUGUACUGGCUGUCCUCGAGCCUGGUGGGGCUGUGCCACAACCUCCUGCUGCGCUCUCCCGCCUUCCGCCGCCUCUGCUGCAUUCCAAGGACCAAAUCCGACUCGGAUACUCCUUACAGGGACAUGGUGGCUGCCUUGGCUGCCAAGUACAGCUUCAGGAAACAGCGCCACUGAACUCCAGGAAGAGCUGUCUCAGCAAUGAAGUAGUGCUGUUUUAGUGAGAUGUACUUACUUGCUGUGUAUUUAUUUUCCCAAUAAAACGCUGGCUGGCCGUAAAGAGGGAUUGGUCAGCAAAAAUGUGUCUUUACUGGGAAGCUUUGUUUCAAGGGUGGUCU